UGCCAACUCAAAGUUAUAUACCUCGAAAAAAAACACCCGUUAGAACCAGUGUUUUUUUUUUUGUAUUCCUGGACUUAUUUUAUUUCUUGUUUAUGAGAAAUUCCUGGAAGUCAGUUAACUUAAUGACAGUUCUCAGGCUGAUAAUCCCAGACAGUGUCAGUUAUGACGGUUAGCAGUUUUGGGUAUGACUUCUAUUAUAAUAUUUACAAAAUACUUGCACCCCCCUCUCCAUAAAUUUUGUCUGAAAUGAUUUGGCAGAAAUAACCGACAGUUCAUUCUGUAGCUUGAAGAAGAUAGUGUUGGAUAGAGUAUCAAGAUGGAAACAGCUCUAUGGGUAUCUUCUGGGCUGAUACGAAGCUCAGCAAUAAGUAUCGUGAAGUUUUUUGUGCCUAAAAUGAUAUAUGGUUCGGCCAGAGUAGCUCGUUAUUUUAUACCUAGAAGAAUCGUUAACUUAACGUCCAAGUGUGUAGAAAUUGUCGAAAUUGUCACAUCUUUUAUGACAAUUUUGGAGCAAGUUGAAGCUCUUGACCAUCAAAUAAAGGUACUCAAACAGUCGUCCAUUGAUAAUGAGGAGGAAUAUGCGAAAGCGAAACUAAUCAAUAAUGAUUUGUGUUCCAAAAUUUCAACAUUGGAACACCAGCUCAAAGAGUUGGAAGAAAAGAACGACGAAAGAAUCCUACAAGAACAGAUUAAAACCAAGGAAAUAGUUGAGAAACUUGAAUAUGAACAGCAAACGUUAUUGAAAGAAGCUGAUAGCAGGAUAUUCUCCUGUGAACAAAAGAAUGAACAGCAUAAAAAGGAACUUUGCAUGCAGAAAAUGAUCAUCGAAAAAAUUAAGGAAGACCGUGAUAAACUAUUAAAAGAAGUGCAAGAACUCAACAAUGAAUUAUUUUCUACAUCUACUAAAGCCCGAAAAUAUGAGGAACAGCUUGAAAAGGUUUCUAAAGAAUGUGAGGAGAAAACACAAAUGAUCGGAAAUAUAGGGACAGAGCUAGAUAAAUUGAAAAUACAAAAUGAGCAAGAAAUCCAACAAGCAUAUUUAGAAUUAUGUAGAUUGAAAGAGAAGAAUUUCCUCUUGGAAGAAUCCUCGGAAGAAUCUAAGGAGGGUCUAAAAAUGAGCCUUUUAUCACUUUCCAGUAGGGUCACCCGCCUAGAGGCAUUGGCUAAAGACAGAGACGUAGUUUAUGGGCAGCCUUUCUGAGAAAUCCUGUUAGUACGCUUGUUGCUAUGAUUGUUUUCACAUCAAAGUUGUAGCUCCAAUAGUUUUGGAGCUACGAAUUUUUCAAUAGUCGUCUAUGAAUGUAAAACAUUACUAAAAGGUUCGUCAACACGUUUCAAUAAUCUAGUCGCUAUUCCAGUAACUCUGAAACUACACUGGUACGAUUCCGGAGAGUUUCUAUUUACUCUAAAAUCAGUGGAUUACGAAUAUUCUCCAGAAUAGGAGAAAAUAACCCAUUGGUAGAUUUUUUAUUUGUAUCAGGAUAUUGAUGUAUUUAUUUGUAAAUUUGUUUUGCCAUAUUUUAUAAUGUAGGUACAUAUACUUGUAUUAUUUUAUUGUAAAAAAUGAUAUUGAAAAUGUUUUUCGCUGAAAAUUUGUAUCAUUGUGAAGUACACACUAGACGAAUCUCUCAUGAGAUAUGCGAUUGUCAUUUGGGGGAGUUGUUCUGAUACUCCAAAAAUCCGUUCUGAGGACUAUGCUGUGUCUGAACUCUGAAGUCCUAUCAGGAGUCCUAUAGAGGCAAGUUCAGACAGAAUCCGUAAUACUUUUUUCAUAAUACAAACAGGACACGCAAGAAGAUCCGUUCUACCUUAUACAUUGUACAUUAACAGAGAAAAAUACACAGUAUAUGUGUUUAAAAAUUUAUAAUGAACUCCCUAAAUCUAUCCCAAAAAUAAUAAAUUUUAA